GAGUUAUACUCACGGUGGCGAUCGCCCGCGUUUUUAAAAUUAAAAUUCAGUGAAUUUUUUGCCAAUUGGCACUCGUCUCCUGUGAAGAUUGAUACGUUCUCAAAAUGUGGCGGUUUUCUAGUGUAAUAUGUAUGUUAGCUGUGCUGAAGCUCUGCGGUGGACAGGGCAUCUACGCCGGUUGUGAUUAUCUUUACAAGUACGACUCAAAAGCUGUCGGUUACAUUCAAUCCCCCAACUGGAGCAAUUACUACCGGGGUGGAACAAACUGCCGGUACACGAUCCAGGUUCCUCCGCGGCAUUAUGUCUUCGCCCAAUGCUACGACAUGUAUCUGCCGUCCAGUUUUGGUUGCUACUACGACAGACUGCUGGUUUCACCGAGUGGAGAUCCCUCACUAGGGGACGCAGAAGUACACUGUGGCACGACACCGUUCAACAUGGCUUCAAAUGGAACCAAGAUGGUGUUUGCUCUGCAAACUUCAGCUCUAUCGAAUGGUGGUCGGUUCCGUUGCCAAAUUACAGCGGUUCCAAUACCGUGUGAUUGCGGCAGAAGAAAAAUGCCAUUCAUCGUAGGAGGAGAAUCCACCAAACCCAACGAAUUCCCCAUGAUGGCUGCAUUGAUAGAUUUAGAAUCCCGAGGUCUGACAUGUGGCGCCACAGUCAUCACCAAUCGGCAUGCGCUCACAGCGGCGCACUGCUUGAAUGGUCGAAUGAUUGCCAAUACCGCCUUGCUGGUAGGGGAUCACAAUAUGAGCUCUGGAACUGACACACCGCACGCCAAGUUGAUGCUGAUAUCGUCCUUCAUAGUGCACAGCGAGUACAAUUCUGUGAUUAAACGUAAUGACAUCGCUCUGGUGCGGACAGCAGUGCAGAUCGAAUUCAACGCCGGAGUUGGACGUGCCUGUCUACCGUUCGUCUUCACCGGAGACGAUCUUGCCGGUGCCGACGUGGAGGCACUCGGAUGGGGAACGAUCGAUUUUGGUGCUCCGCUGGCUCAAGAUCUGCAAAAAGUAACCCUGCAGGUCAUUUCACUCUCAUCCUGUCGGGAUAGGCUGAAAGAUUUCAACACGGUACAGGAAAACCAGUUGUGCACCUACACCGCAACGAAGGAUACCUGUCAGUACGAUUCCGGUGGUCCACUACUCUACACUGACCAGAAUGCUGCUAGUUCGUACGUCGUCGGUGUGACCAACUACGGAAUAUCGUGCGCCUCGCGGUAUCCCAGCGUAAGUGCCCGGGUUGCCUCCUACCUGGACUGGAUCGAAGCCAACACCGAUAAGUUCAAGUUCUGUGAGAAAUGAAAAUGUGGUUUACCGCUGAAAAUCGAAAAUAAAAGCAACAAUUACAGUGUUGGAAACGCAUUCGAUACUGAUUAA